UUUUUUCUUUGAUAAAAAAUUACACAUAAUUUUUGUGUCAGAAAACAUUAUAAAUAAAUUAUAUUGCUUUCGGUGCAUUCUUCACAGAAAACUCUAUGGAGUUAUAUUAGAAAGUUACGAAAAAAUAUGGUGUAACCGUUUGAGUAGUAAUCGGCAGUAGUAACUAUAAAGUCCAACGGAAAACAAAAUUAUACCGGCCGUUGCCCCAAAUCGAGCUGGGAGACUUAUUUAUAGUGUACAGUGAGCAAAAUGUGGUUCAACGUUACAUUUACAAGAACAUUUUCGUUUUGGCGAUUAUUUAUGUUGUUGAUCUGUUUUUGUCCUGGCAUAGUAUAUGGUAACCUCAAGGUCAUCUAUGCAGUAAACGCUGGAGGCGAGGAACAUACUGACAAAAAUGGUAUUCAUUAUAGUGCCGAUCCAUUACAUAGUAUUGGCACAGCAUCGGAUUAUGGUAAUAACUUAGUACUUAUCGAACGGGUACCAGAACAAGAUGAAGUGCUCUUUAAAACGGAGCGUUAUCACACAGGCCACUUUGAAUAUACCUUGCCGCUAGACGGCGAUGGCGAAUAUGCACUUAUAUUAAAAUUUUGUGAAGUUUACUUUACGGAAGCUAAUAAAAAGAUCUUUAGUGUGCUUCUGAACCAACAUACCGUGGUUAAGGAUCUAGACAUCUAUCGCAAAGUCGGCCAUGGUGUAGCGCAUGAAGAAUAUGUUUUCUUUAUAGUCUCCAAUAACCGACUCUACUACAAAAACGAACAAUCGGAUAUACAUAAUGGCGUUGUACGUUUAGAGUUCAGAAAAAGUGAUUUUGAUAAUCCUAAAAUCAAUGCCUUCGCAUUGCUUAAAGGAGAUGUGGCAAAUAUACCGCGAUUACCACCUUUACAUCCAAAAGAUACCAAAAUUGGUGCUGAUAUGGGUCUGUUCCAAGAUCAUAUUGAUGACGACAUUGGUGACGAAUUAGCAGAACAAAUACAAGAACACCAACAACGUAGCAAAAAUUUAGCUGCUGCAACAAUAGAUAAUGAAGUAUUUGAUGAAGAUGAAGAUAAUGAAGAGGAGAUGGUGACAAGAAAACGAAAAGUUAGCGGACCAAAACAGCCGGAUCCAUACUCCAUAGACGACUCAUCAGUUAUGCUGCCCGUAUUCAUAGCGAUUGGUGCAUUUAUACCACUGCUCUUCUGUCUCUGCAAGUUGUGAUGAGUUGAAUUUCAUUAUGUAACUUGUAAUGGAGAAAUAACGGCUUUUUUAGUUUUUAACUUAUUUUCCUAAAAUAAUUUGAAAUCCGGUAUCCGGGUAUAGCGAGUCUGAUAAUUGUUGAUUUAGGAGUAUGACUGGAAGUGAUAACUUUAUUUGAAUGUCGUUAGCUCUCUAAUUUCGUCAGUUGAUCUCUAAUUUUAUUUGUAUCUUUCCUCAACUAACCCUUGGCGGAAAUCUUUCGAGAAAUUUAACUUAUUUGAAUUGGUAUUAAAAAAAUACAUCUGUUAAUAAAUUAACGAAAAAUAUAAUUUAUUUUUGCUCGAUUUAUUAAUCAAAUGAUCGUACUUAAAUCGCUUUGAUGGGAUGAGAACACAUCUUUCAUUGCAAAACAUACUUUGUUCCCAGCGCACAAUGAUUUACUUAAAUAUAUGUACUAAUAUUUUUUUAUUAUACUUUUGUUGUAUUAUAUUUAAUUUAAAUAAACGAGAAGAAUGUAUUUUGUUUACAGACCAUUUAGACUUGCAAAGUUGCUUAAAAAAACUUCAAAUGUACAUAUUUACAUGUAUAUGUAUGUGUAUAGCUAUUACACAGUUACGCAUAAUAUUUAAUAGUGAAGAGAAAAAUAUAUUAAAAUAAAUACAUUUUAA